UUGAACUGCACAACAGAAAACAAUUAUAGCAAAUAUAGUUUUGUUGCUAGUUUUCGUCUAUCUUUGUCUUUCGCUACUUUACCGCUUGCAUUCUGUAAUACGGACGUUAAUGUCUGACCAGAAAUAAACACUGGCUUCCGUACUUCCGGCGCAGUAAUCGGCAUUAGGAAGCCCGCCCUGUGUUUUUGGUAAAAAUAGUGAUGCAGUGAAAAUAUAAAAUAUAGUUGGAUUAUUUACAUAUCCGUAUACGUAACGAGAGUUGCGCUGUUGUAAUUGCGUUGAUUAGUCCAAUGAAGCAAAACAAGUGGCCUGCUUUACAUUAACACAACUUAAUGCAGCUCGGAAAUGCAACGAUUUUUCUAAUGAAUAAUACCUGAAACGGCUUUUAUCAGCACAUCAUACAUAAUUAUUGGUUACCUACGUACUACGGAGCGAAAUUAAAAUUAAUGGCGUAUAAUUACAUAGGUGCAGUACAAUAGGGUUAAUCAAGAAGCAUAAGAACAAACGAGGAUAGUAGAACACUUCUAGGGGAAGAAUUGUUUAGAUGACACGCCGGUGGUUUUAUACAGGAAUGGUCUACCCAUGCGGAACGGCUGCACCACAGAACACGAAAACGUCGUUUGUCACGUGACGAGAGUAGCUGUUCCUGUAAACAGGACGCAAUAAACGAGCUGGCUGUGUUUCUGUUGUGAAAUCUGUAAAAGUUCACCGCUUCACUAUUUAAUGGCUGAGCUAUCAGCCCUUGUAAACUAAGUACUGCUAAUCACAGUGCUACUGCUAUUUUCAGUUUUUCGGGCGCCGGGCUCAAUCUUGAUCAUCUGUGGCGCAACCUGCAAUUUUGGUCCGAGGUCUCGGCAUGACGACGCUACGGGCAGACGUGGUGGUAACUGCGCCAAAAAAGUCUAUUACGGAUGUUACACCACGACAACGGACAACUAAGCUGUGUGAGUGAUGACCUGGAAGCUGAAGCAUUUCGUGAAUGGCGGCUAGCAAACGAUCAGCUGCUGCACUUCUACAAAGUCAACAAACAUCGGCUUGACGAAAUUGAUUAUGGAAAAGUGGCCGCGUCAUUGAGCCCCGUUGUGGCAUCCUGCUUUGCUGGCUCAUCAUGGAAAGAUUUUGCUUGUGCUUUGGGUAUUCCCGCCUCCGAACUGGAGGGUGUGGAGCAGCGGGCUGAAUGGUACAAGCUGAUGCCCCUCCAGGUAGCAUUGCAGUACUUAUACCCCGCUCUAAAGGCCUGCUCAAAAUGCUGCAGUCUCGGCCACCUGGUUGACAUCUUGAGAGAGCAAGGCCGCUUGGAUGUCCUCAAUAAGAUCUCACAGCAAGUUAAAGGGUUUCUCAUGGAGCCCCCUUAUGGCAUCUGCUGUUUCGAGGAGAGGCUUCACCAGAAGUUAGAAGACCUGCAGAGCCCGCUUUCGUCGAUCGAUUCUGGUGUAUCCAGCCUGGAUUCAGAAGUUUGUCUCAGUGGCACCACAGUCAAGGAUAGCAUCCUUAUUGGGUCUGCCUCAAGGCAAGCUGCGCUGCCUUUUCCACCAAAUUCAAGAAAUGGAGUAUUUGUUCCUGAAGUAUUUUCUCCUGAAUACAACAGUCACGGUACACUUCCAAGUUUCACAAAUCACAACACUGACAGUUCACCUCUCAGCAAUGGUGAAUGCAACCAAGACGAGGAAUCCACCUGCGAGUCUCUGAUUGAUAAGAUACUGCCAAAGACGAAGCUUGACAAAUUAACAGUUCUUGUGUGCCAUGUCGAAGAGGACAUUGAUCUGGCUCAAGAUCUGGCCAGGACCUUGGAAACUGAACACGAGUGCUAUGUCCUCACACAGGCUGAGAUCCUGCCUGCUAUCCAUACGGAUCCCACACUGAUUGAGGAUUUAAUUCAAAAGGUGAAGGCCAUUGUGCCGUUAGUCUCAAGAGCUUACCUGGACCAUUACGAGCAUGCACGGCGCACAAACGACCUAAACUCUGCGGACAGCAUGCUUACACGUGAAAUGUACUCAUUGUCUCUUCACCGGCUUGUCUCAAGCUCCUGCCUGUACUACAUGCUGUUCCCGGUACGCACGCCUGACGUGGAGUACAAGGAUGUCCGCCGCCACCACAUUUUCUCCAAAUCCAAGGUGCUGUGCAAAAAGGACUUGGCUCAGCUAGUGAAAACCAUGCAUGCCUGUUACAAGCUAAGGCCAGCUAGUGAAAGGAGAGGCUCCUGAACUCAAGAGACAGUUGUGUCGUCGGGACAACAGUGGAAGCAAAGCAUGUUCUUAUACCUUGAUGGGACAAGUCGGUAGCAUGCAGGUUCCUGCUGUCAUGGUUUGAGCAACCAGGGGAGUGUUUUUUCAUUCCACUGUGACGAGAAAGUGCAUUUUGUUCAAUUACUUGUUCAGAACUACUGUUACACAUUCAUAUGCAGUAUGCUUUUCUUGCAGCAAAGCUGCAACUAUUUCCUCUCUAUUGGGGUCACAAGUUUGAUUCCCAAUUGUGGCAACCCCCUGCUUUAUAGGUGUGCGAUGCCAAACUGCCCAUGCAGUACACUUUGGUAGCGCAUAAGUAAUCCCAGGUGCUCAAAAUCAAUCCAGAUUCCUCCAUGAAAGUGCCUUUUAUAAAAAAAAUCUGCAAGUCCAAUGUCCGUGUCCGAACCAUGAAAACUCGAACCUCUCAAAGCAUUUGUGUGAAUGUUCUUGCCUGACACUGGUGCGACAUUGUUUGCUGCGUGGUGCCAAUGUUCUCCUUCAGCUUUGCGCUUCAUUAGAGGUCUGCCUAUAGCCAUCUCUGGUGGUCUCGUCUCACCACUGCUCAGAUUUGUACCAUGUAAUUGUUCAUAAACACUUGCAUGUAUAUGCAUUGCUUGUUGUGAUUAAGGCAUUGAUGCUUGAGUUUUUCUGUAUGCUUUGGGUGGUGCUCUGUGCACUGUGCUUGAGAGGAGCCGCACAGCCACUACUGAGUGAACUUUGUAGGGUACCUAAAGAAAGCUUCACUUUAACAUCAGUGUUGUUUUUUGAUACCAAACCCAAUGAACAAACUAAUUAUCAGACAACAGCUCUUUUGAAAAGAACACGUCUGUAUGGACUAUUCUCAAAUGAGAGCUCGGAGCUUGCUAUGUCAGCAUUGGGGGGAGGUAUGCUGGAGUGCCAUCUCUUCUACAUCCUAUGACGCAUUUGGUACGAUGCUUAAACAUGUCUCAUUGACAAAAUAUUCCUAGCUUUCUGCCGUAUUCUCAUUCUCCGCUUGCCUCCUCGCUACUAUGCACAUUGUGAUAUGCUUUACUGGUUCUUUGCACUAGAUUUGCAUGCUGCUUUUUUGAUAAAGGCAACAUCCUUUGGCUUUUUUUAACUGUUGUUACUUUGUUUAAGCUCGCCCAAACCACUUUCAUUGUUGAACAGUGGCAACGAGGUUCUGCAUUAAUAGCCUAUUAUGUCUUUUUUUUCUAACUUCACUUUAAAGUGCAUGUAAUAUAUGGUCACUAGCCUAGUUAUUGUAGUAUAGUCAUAUUUUUUUGAUAAUAUGGACGCAUGUUUUUGCUUUCAUUAAUAUCACUUUUUGGUCCCCACACCUUUUUUUUUUCCAGAUAGCAAACAUUCUUUUUUUCCACUUGGGUUGCCACGUGGCUUAAUAUCAGUAUGAAACUAAAUAUAAGCAUGCAUGUUUGCUUCAUAGAGAUACUGCAACAGUGACUUAUAAAUUGUGUUGUCCAUAAUCCAUCUUUCAUAGUCUUCAGCUUGAUCACUGUUCAGUUUCGCACCUUUAAGUACACCUUCGCCAAUUGUCUUUGUCCCAGGGCACGUCCAAAGUAGAUGGCAGGCAUCCGCUGCAGACGUUGGAGUGGCGCACUUAGGCCACUGGAUGAUGUCCUCGUAUGGUUGACCCCAAUCGCAAGUGAUGGCCUAAAGUCUCCAGAGAGAGACUUCCUCCACCCAAGAUAGAUUGUGGGGAAGGGAGCAGACACAUGGGGCAAUGAAGGCAUGCAUCUCACAUCGAAGGAUGAGUUUUUGGGCAAUGAAAACAGAGCAGCAGUCACAGGGAAGGAAAAGAGGAGGAGCUACGGGUGUUGAGAAAGGGUGAGCAAUACGGUCCACAAGGUCAUUGUUGUUGUCAUGACCAUGUGCCUGCACCCAAUAGGCAUUAAUGUUCACAUGGGUAGAAUUGUGAAUUUUGUGUACCUGCUCAUAAAUACACAACGUUUUUGUUACUUGUUUGAGAUUCUUAACUGCACUGAGCCUGUCAGUAUAGAUGUGGGCUUUGUUGAUGUUAGACAAGUUAACAAGGAUUUCUACUGCAUCAUGUAUAGCCUGCAGCCCAAAUAAUAAGGGGUCUGAAAAAUGCAGUUGCGUAGUUGCGAGUGGGUUGGAUCUUGGGGUGCAUCGGACUUGAGAAAGCUAUUUGUCCUCCUUUUGAGCUAACUGCCGCAUCUGUGCACAUCGCACAUCGUCCCGUAAGUACAGUCGUUUUAAUUGUUGCAAUCGGUUGAACCCGCUGGUGGAGCUUUGUCGUCUUGUUAUUGGCUAGAGAUGUAUAGUUCCAUUGUGGAAGAUUGUCCAAAUUCCUGAUGAUGGCACAAUCUCCAUAGAAAUAGGAAAGGAGCGCCACAACUGUUAUUAUGUGGCAUUUUUUAAGCUUUCUUGCUUGCUGUCGCUGCUCAAUGAGCUCAGAAAUGGUGUUAAGCUGAGCAUGCUUUUGCAGCAUUGGUAUAGGUGUUAGAUGAGGAAGGACCAUAAUUGCUUUCAUGGCACUUCUGUUGAUAACCUCCAAGCUUGUCCUCCUGUUGAGGAGUCAAUCUUAGGAACUGUGCUUGAUAUAUAAUGCGAAGCCGCAGGACAGAGCUCACGAGGCAGUAGGCCACGUUGGUGCGAGCCCCACUACUCUGUGGCAAAAUUGGGUUGCCCACUGCAGCUUCUUUAGGGUCACUUCUACUAUGGUAAUAGUUACUGCUUAAACGUGGGAACCAGCUUCGCAGUUAAGGUGAUGAUGGCUUUAGAAGAAUUAUGCAUGCCAACUAAUUCUUUAGUGUUACUGCUACUGCUCUACGACCAUUAUGAGUGUUGAAGUAAUAUUUUGACAACCUCCAGGCAUAUAUAUCAGUUGCAGUUCUGGCAAAAACUACUACAAUCUACAUCCUCCGCAGCACUAAAAGCAAGGUGGACCAACGUGAGGUUGCAUACGUCGUCUAGACAUGUUGAUGCAUGUCUAGAGCACAAAUGUUAUUGGAAAGAUGCUUUUUCAUGUUGUUGUGAAGGGGUGAAGCAUCUAUACAAACACAAGAGUUUUCCAGGCAAACUGUAACGGCAUGCCUGGGUUGUGCUUUUUGAGAUAAGCUCGCAAAAAAGCUAGCUGGCUUCGGUAGGUUUGCUUAGACGAAUGCCUCACCUUACAGACCCCAGCUAUGGUUGCUGAACAGUUCACCAUUUCUCACUGACAUUCCAUUCUGCUGCUGAGCACAACGUCCCAGGUUUAAAUCUCUACUACAGCAGCCGCACUAUGAGGGGGCAAAAUCCAGAAAUGCUUGUGUGCUUAGAUGUAGGGGCACACUAAAGAACCCCAGGUGCCCAAAUUAAUCCAGAUGCUCAAUUGUGGCACCUCUGUUAGCUUAUGUGGUGCUUUGUGAUGUCCCACUUGCCUCUUAUUUCUUGCCUGAAAUUAGCAUUAGUGGACCAGAGUGACAUGUCACCCACUUUAGGCAAGGUACCACUCCGAAAUGUUGUGUAAUUUAUUACCGAGACCUUCACUUAAAAGCUGCUGUGUAUCUGCAUGUCCUUUGCAAUUUAUUAUGGUGUAUUUGUAUGCGUGCAGUUGUUGUGUUGUGUCAGUUGUGACACAACUAGGCGUGCAGCCUAGUUGUUCCUUUGUAAUUUGCAAGUUUAGCUAGGACAGUGUGCAGUACCUUUUUAAAAAAAAGCAAUAAGUCUAAGUCAACAUUACUGCAUAUCACCCAAAAGUGUUUUUCCAAUGAGAACUUCUUGCCUAGUUUUUUUUUUUUUUUUUUUUUUUUCUGGUGUUCUGAUUGCGUUGGGAGCCCUGUCACUAACUGAUGUGACACAAUGGCCAUAAUGCUUCAUCCAGUCAUCUCACAGUCCUUAGGUAUAUGCACACAGACAUUAUUUCCUGCCACAAGAUGAUGCCACUGUCUCAUCAGUGGUGAGAUGUUUUCUUUUGGCAGGCCUUGCUGCAGCUGCUGGUAGCACAUUCUUGCCCAUUUUGAAUCAAGUAUGUCAUUAGUGCUGUUCAAUUUGACUGUCGACAAGCUACACUUACAACUUUAUUUCGCUCGGCUGUGGGCAAAAGCAUAGCUCAAACAUGUGCUUAAAGCUUCCUUCUAAUAAAAAAUACCAGUGUUGGGAACAGCGGUAUGACAGCGCUGGCAGGUACGUAAAGUAACUGGAACAUGAAGGCACAUGGACACAGCAAACGCACACACACUGACACACUGAAAAAUAAAAUACAAACACUACCAAUUUCAUUGUCUACUGUGGAGGAGGCAGCAUAAAUUAAGCCGACCAUCAUCAUUCAAAAGGUCAGAAAUGCGGUAAUGUCGUUCUUUAGUCUGCUUUUCGAGACUACAGACAUUACCUGAUACACGGGAAGAUGGAGAUGACAUGAAUGUUAAGGAACCCCCAGUGGUAAAAAUGAUCCAGAGUCAUUAUGCAAAAAAGAGGUGAGGCGUGCACACUGAGCUUGUGCAGAUGAGUUUUGUGUCUUUCUUUUUUCGCCUCAGUGCUCCCUUCAGUUGAUAGUCGGCGUUCAUGUUGUCCACUUCUCUACUCUUGUGUCCUCCUGUCUGCACACCUCACCUCUUUUUUGCAUAAUGAAUCCUUACCAACUAGCUCAGCUUUCUGUCGUUCUAAAAUUCAGAGUCCCCUGCUACUGUGUGCCUCAUAAUCGCAUGUCAUGGUUUUGGCACUUGAAUCCCCAGAAUUAAAUUUAAACUUGAUGUGAAAAAUAGUUGAGCAAGGGAUGACGCUGGAGGCCCUGUAGAUAUCCCUUGAUCGGACAUUGUCUGUCACUUAUGACAGACAUAACCACCACAAUGAAUGAGGGUGGCUAUAUAGGUUUGUUGGUAGGUCGUUGCCCAAUUUUUUUUGCAGCACAGACACUACACAGACAUAGCAGUGCGAGACAAUGCACAGCGCUGUGUGUAAUCUCAUGUGGCUUUACGUUCGUGUUGUUGUGCCAGCACUACAACAAAUUAGAAAUCACUGGGGUGGCUCAGUGACUAUGGCGCUCUGCUCCUGAGCACGAGGUCAUGGGUCGAAAUGUAGCCGUAGCAGCUGCAUUUCGGUGGAGGCAAAAUGCAAGAACAGUCAUGUAUUCAGGUUUAAGUUCAUGUUAAAGAACCCCAAGUGUUUAAAAGUAGUACAGGGCCCUCCAUUGCGACAUCUCUCAUAGCCCAAGUGAUGCUUUAGUAUGUUAAAAUACGAAAAAUAAAAAAGAAGACACAUUUAUUACUGUUAUUUGGCAGAGCAUAGCACCAACCAAUAGCAUCGUCACUGAAGAAGCUUAUGCUCGCACCAGAGGCACUGAGUAAUAUCUAAAUGAAUGUGGCCAAUAGCAUUCAUUCUUGGAAUAUCGCAAUAAAUUCAAAAAGGGGCAGUGAUUUCAGUAAGUUCGAGAAAAGUGCUGGUGGUCUUUUCAGUUGAAGCUGUAGGCUUCUUGUUACAUGCAGAGUAACUUAUUUAUUCGUUACCUCAAGGAUCCCGGAGGGAUGUUACAUGAAGGGUGAGCAAAAAAAGAAAGGCAGUGGUUCUCAUUUAACAUGUUAAGUAAUGACUCUCUAUGGCUGUUUUAAACUGGGUGCAGCCUGUUAGCAUGGCAAUGUGGGUAGGAUGGUCGUUCCAGUCUUAUCUUGUGUUGUAUAUAGAGAAACAGACCUCUGUAAGGUCUUUGUAUGGUGUAUGGAUGCGCUCUGGAUAUAAGGUGUUUGCAUGACAGUGGCAAGAUGUCCAAUGGGUUGAUCUGAUGAAUGCAUUGCCUGGUGGCAAGUAGUAGAAAAAUUUAUGGAAAAGACACAAGUAUGAAAUUUUACGAUGAGAGGCAAGAGUAGUAAAGCCAAGCUGAGAUUUUACAGAGUUUGUACUGAUGUUCGAGUAAUUAGCGAUAAUGAAUCUGGUGGCAUGGUUAUAGAUGGAUUCAAGCAUAUUUGUUAAGUUAGCUUGAUGAGGGUCAUAAAUGGUAUUGGCAUACUCAACUUUACGUCUUACAAGUGUUUCAUAAGCUGUUAGUUUUGUGGUGGCAGGUGCCAAGGCACGGUUGCAACGAAGACAAACCAAGACUCAGCAGAAUUAGUAAUGUUGAUAACAUGUUGGGACCAUGUUAGAUCACAGAAAAUUUGAAUACCCAAGUAUGUAACGGUGUUAGUAGUGACUAUAGGAAAACCCUUAAGGGGUAUAAAUGGAGGGUAUGUAAACAUUAUAUUGGUAAAAAGACAUCAUAAAGCUUUUGUAAUAUUGAUAGACUUUAGCAAUUUGGCAUUCCAGUCCUGUACUUUAAUAAAGAAGAGUGAGGCAGAUUAGCUACAAGGUGGUAUAGAAUGCAGUCAUCUUCAAAAGGUCUGUUGUUAGAACCUACAUUGAGUGGCAGGUCAUUAAUGUGCAUUAAAGAGAGGGGCCCAGUACAGUAUCUUGGGGAAUGCCAGAGUGUACACAAGAGAUAAAAGACCUGCAAGAGUUGGCAACAACAAACUGCCAGGAUCAGUUAGAAACUCAUGAAUCCAUUUGAACACAGACUGGUCUAAGUUAAGGCAUGAUAGCUUGAGUAAUGAGUGACAGUGAGGAACUUUAUCAAAGGCCUUUUCAUAAGAAACAGAGCAUCAAUUGGAAUGUUAUGAUCAAGGUGCGAGUGAAUUCCAUGAAGGGAGUGAGUGAGUCGGGUUUCACAACAGUGGCCGAGAUGAGAUCCAUGCUGGUUAGGGUAAAAAAAAGUUUUUAGAAGACAGAAAACACACUACUACAGAAUACAAUAUAUGCUCCAUUACUUUGCAGCAUAAACUGGUGAUGGAUAGGGGACGAUAAUUGUUUGGUGAUGACUGGUUACCUUUCCUAAACACAGGAAAGACCUUCCCAUCCACCAGUCUGCUGGAACCAUUCCUGUAUUGAGGUGAUUGCUGAACCAUGAGUGAUAAAAUAAAACUUGUUGCUUGUUUGGUGCUCUUGAGUAUUUUAGCGUUUAUACCUUCAGUUCCAGCUAAUGAAUAUUUUAGUUUAUCAAUGAUGUUAGCAAAACCAUUUGAUCAAAAGGUGAUACAGCUCAUGAGGGGAUGCACAGGUAACGGGAAUGAAGGUAGGUUCUCAGAGGAUUCGCGGGUUAAGAUGGAGCAUAACAUAGUAUUUAGAAUAUUGACGAUUUCAUCAAGUAUAGUGCAGCCAUUACUAUCACAUAAUGAAAUUCUGUUUGGCUACUGAGGUUUAAUAAUUUUCCAGAAACGUUUGCGAUUGUCGCCUAGCAUAGAUGGCAGGUUUUAUUCACUUGCUCGUGACAAUAGUGUUGUCCUAAUGACUGGGCAAAUUUUUUUACUAUGUUCAAGAAAUGUUACAGGGCCUCUUGUCUAUUCAAUGUAUGAUGGCCUUGUCAUGUUGAAUAAAUUUUGUUACAGAAACUGUC